AGCCUUCCAUUCAGCUAGAGAGGAUGGAGGAGACAACCAAUAAAAUCAGCCUCGCACUAGAGAUCCAGAGGAAGGAGGAAGAGGAGGAGUCCAGGAGAAAACCUGAGUCGUCCCAGGACUGCCGGAGUCUGCCCUGCCUGAACGGGGGUACGUGUGCGAAGGGCGACGACUCCCACAUCUGCGACUGCGUAGCCGGGUUCAAGGGCAGGCAGUGUGAGCUGUUCUGCCAGCGAGUGCCCCACCCCUGUACCCGCCUUUACUCUGAAACAAAGAGCGUGCCCGUCUGGGUGGGCGAAGUCUGCCAUUACCUGUAUAAAAGGACGUAUAAAGUACAGCAGGAUGUUUGCUAUCGAGAGAUCUGUGAACCACCCCUGCUUCCCAAGAAAAGCCCCAACAGAAGAACUAACAGGCAACAUUAAUGAAAGCUAAUCUUGGAUGACCCAUGUUGCCCAGAGGUUGGCCUGUGUGAUGACCCAUGUUUACCCAUGUUGCCCAGAGGUUGGCCUGUUGGAUGACCCAUGUUGCCCAGAGGUUGGCCUGUUGUAGCCGCAGCUUGAAUGAGGAUUUGGAAGCUAACAAGUGGAACAUGAUUGACCCCCACAACCAUCAAUGACAUUUGGCCCCAGAAUCAUCAAUAAUUUGUAUGUCUAUGUCAUAUUUUUACAGAAUUUUCACUCAUGACGGAUGACAAAUGUACCAUAAACAGUCCACAUCCGUGUAAAAUCAAAACAUUAUACAUACCUCAUGUCUCACAUGUCGGCAGUUUAGUCCCUCUGCUCAGGGAAAUGUGUAUAUUGUCUGUUUCAUCACAAGCAACCCUAUUUAAAAUCUGUCUCGAUUGAUUUUAACAACAAAUUUAACUGUUUUACCUCUUAGCCCAAAAACAUGUUCAGCAAUCAGUACUGGAAAAUAAGUGCCUGUCUUUAUGUCUUUCAACUGUAACCCGACGUCACUACUAGCUAUCAUGUACAUAGUGUUUAUAGGCUGUUUUGUAGGUGAAUAUUUUAAAUAAUUAAAAUGUUAAAAAAUGUUA